AUGCCUCUAUUGUUCCUCUCUUCCUUUCAAGAACCCCUGGCCGAGAUAUUCUCAGGAAAGCCGGCGCGGAUGUCAACAGCGCUGGUAGCGUUGGCCGGGCUUUCUACAGGCAUCCUCAGCAAUACCCUGAAGCCGUUGUCAAACCUGGAUAGUGUCUUCGUUUCGUUGAGCCAACUUCCCACUACCGUUCUCGCGCGCGCCAAGCACGUCUUCAACACCACAAUCGCCGACUCUCCAAGCAGAGCUCGAGAGCUCACCCUGUCGCAGCGCUAUGCCACUCAGGUCACUGGGAUCCAUAUGAGUCAGGAAGUUUCCGCUGCACUAUGUGUCACCGGGGCUCUGGUCUUGCUGUGUCUAUCCCUAGCUCUUGUCCUUCUGCGGUGGUCCCGCUUCAAACUUCGUCUCACUGAGAUGCUACCGCCUUCUCUGGUCGACUCUUCUUGCGACUGCGACGAGUUUGACUUCCCUGACUGUAGGCCGGUCAACGUUCAGCAAGACGCUCCUCUACAAACGGCUGAUACGCCUGUCAACCCAGUGGAGCAGAGCAUUCCUCAGUAUCGGGCUGAUACGCCUGACUCGGAGCCUAGUACAUUCCCUGCGUCCAUGAUCAAGGAAGAGGAACACGACGAUGCUGAAGACUUCGCUCAGUCUCAUGUCACAUCCCAAAGCUUGCACCGGGACAUUCCUCAUGAUUGGGAUGAUACGUCUGACUCGGAGCCUGAACUUGAACCCCCCACGUCUAUGAUCAAGGAAGAAGAACACGACGGUGCUGAAGACCCCGCGCAAUCUGAACUCGCACCCCAAAGCUCGCACUGGGACCACGGCCUAUAUCAUCAUUCAGAUGCACGGGACGACUCCUGCUUCGACGACGCGCGCGCCGACGAUGAGCGGAUUGUCCUCGAGCUUCUGUCGAAGAGAACGAGGACCAGGCCGGCGCGGCGCAAGGGCGAUUCAUGGUCGGGCAAGGGAAGACGAUACAGGGAUGUGAAGAUCGACCUGAGCCGCGAUGAGGCGCUGUGGCAACCUGGGCGCGAAGAAAGCAUGGGCGCGGCCCGCCAAUUUCACCGUGCCUUUAAUGCGGCCCUGCCGUCCGGUCGUGUCCCGGCUUCUCGACGGUGA